UUAUUUUCUAUCUUCAUAUUGACGAGAAAUUCGAUGAGGAAUUUUGAAUACGUUCUUGUAUAAUUUAAUAUUUUUGUUUACUAUUUUUAUAUAUUUAUAAUAAUUAAUAAAAAAAAUAAUAUAAUUGAAAAAGAAUGUACAUUAUUCAAUGUUCUUUUUUAAUUUUUUCUUUUACAAAAGAAUAAUUUUAAAUAAUGGAAGGUUCGAAAACGGAAAAAAGAAUAAAACCUGACGACUCGGAGGAAAAAUUAGUGGAACCUAGUUUAGUGAGAAUUAAUAAACAUGAUUGUGCUCCUCAUAAUAUUCACAUUGAUAAAAAUGAGUUUAAAAUAGGUCGUGCAAGAGAUAAUGAUGAAAUUAUUUUGGAUGCAAUGAUAUCUAGAAAACAUUGCAUUUUAAGAUAUGAAGAAAAUGAAGAGUGGACGAUUAAAGAUUUAAGUUCUUCUGUUACAUUUGUUAACGAUAUUCCUCUAACAUUCGGUAUGAGUCAAAAACUUUAUGAUGGAGAUAUCGUACAAUUUAGUGCAUCUGAAAAAUUUAAAUAUAUAUUUAUUCUUGAUUUUAAAAAUGAGUACAAAGUUAAAAAGCCUAAGUUAGAUGAAAACAUGUUAGAUAAUGUUUUUAUAGAACAAAAAACAUUUGCACAAAAUCAGGAAUGUCAAAAAAAAGUUCUUAAAGAUAAACUACAAAUAAAACAAAAACAACAAGAUAAAUUAAAACAGCAAUUAAAACAACUUUUAAAACAACAAAAUGUUACAAAAGAAGAUACUAAAGAUUUGAAACAACAAAUUAUAUUAUUAGAAAGUAAAAUAAAACAUGGUAAUGUUCAAGAACAGUAUUUGCAAAAUCUGUAUACUGACUUAUUAGAAAAAUUAGAAAAUGAACGGAUAGAAUUUGACAAAAAAUUGAAUGAAGAAAAACAAAAAUGGCAAGAAGCUCUAAAUGUAAGUAAACUUGAGAAAGAAAUGUUAGAAUUAAAAAUGAAAGAACAAAUGGAAAAAUGGAGAGAAGAGCAACAAACUAAAUGGAAAAAUGUUAUGGAAAACAGAGUUAAAGAAGAAAAAAAUAUACAAGCCCAAUUGUUAAAUGAAAAAAUAAUUUUAGAAGAAAAAUUAAAAGAAACAGAAAAAGCUCUGAAAGAACAAGCUAGAAUAGAAAUAAUAAAUAAUGUUGCAGGGACUUCUGAUAAUUCGAAUGACAGUUGUAUAUUUUUAGAAACAAAAAAUCCUUCAGAAUUUCAAAUUAUAGAUACAAUAGAUUUAACAAUUCCUACUCAAAUUGCUUCUAAAGUUGAUGAAAAAGAAAGUGUGCUUGAUAAAAUUAAUGAUAUAAUGGAUGAACAAUUAACUUGCACUAUAUGUUCAGAAUUAUUUGUGAAAGCAACAACAUUAAAUUGCAUGCAUACGUUUUGUCAACAUUGUAUAAAUGUAUGGAAUAAAAAAAGAAAGGAAUGUCCAAUAUGUAGGGCACCAGUAUUAUCAAUGAAUAGAUCAAUAGUUCUAGACAAUUUUAUUGAAAGUAUGUUAGAAAAUUUACCUAUUCGAUUCAAAGAAAGGAGAAAAGAAAUUCUGAAAGAAAGACAAGCAGUGGAGUACAAGAAAAAAAUUCGUUGAACAAUUACCAUGGAAAAAAAUAAUAUUUAAUUUAUUAAUAUUGUUAUAAUAAUGUUAUAUUAAUAUGUACUGUUUCAUAUUAACUUUUAUCAAAGAAUGAUAACAUUUCAUUGUAUAAAUGUUAGCAUUAUAAAAGUAAGAUAUAAUAGUAAAAAUAUGUAAAAAUGUAUGAUUUAUUUUUGCUAUAAAGUUUUUUAAAAGCAAAAAUCUUUUGUUAUGUCAUAGUUGAGUACAUAACACACAAUGAACAUUAUUUGAGAAAAAAAAUAUAACUAAGAAAAGAAUGAUAGCGCUCUCUGGGGGCACAAUAUUAAACAAUUAUUGUAUAUACAUAUAUAGAAUCAUAAUCGUGCGAGUUUUCAUGAAAAUCAGCCAAUAAAAGUUUGACGACGUGCGCAUUUAUGAAAA